AUGGCGCGAGCGUUCGUCGUCGCGGCGAUCGGGAGCGCUUUCGGCGCGGUGUUCGGGGCGCGCGGCGCGAGCGCGGCGUUCGGGGGGGCGUUUAGUUGGAAACUCGCCGCGGCGCUGGCGGCGAAAAACGUCGGCGGUGGAUUGAAUUACGUCGCCGUGGCGACGACGCUGGGGAUGGAUGGCGAAGAAUUCGUCGCGGGACUGUGCGUCGAUAACGCGAUGGCGCUGGCGUACUUUCCGUUCAUUUCGUGGUUGGCGCGACGCGAGGGCGAGCGAGGAAGCGGCGACGCGGCGGACGACGAGGACGACGCCGAGCGCGAGCGCGAGGCGACGACGGAGCGCGAGGCCGAGGACGCGGACGGCGCGGCGGCGCGCUCGGGCGCGGACGACGCGUUGUCGGCGUUCUUCGUCGCCGUCGGCUUCCUCGCCGCGGGCGAGCUCGUCGCUCGCCUCGUGGGCCAACCCGACGCCGUGCUCCCGAUGGCGACGGUUUUCACCGUCGUUUUCGCGACUUUGGCGCCGAAACGCGCGGCGUCGCUCGCCGUCGCCGCGGAACCGCUCGCGAACGCGAUGCUCUUCGUGUUCUUCGUCGCCGCCGGCGCCGCGGGCGGCGUUUUGAGCGCUUCCACGUUUGCGCGAUACGCCAACGUCUUCGUCUUCUCAUUCAUCCUGUACGCCGUCCAUCUCGCCUUUGUAUUCGUCGGCAUUCGCGUCGACGCCGAUCGCCGUCGCGAGUACGUCCUCGCGAGCAACGCCAGCAUCGGCGGUCCCGCCACCGUGGCUUCGCUCGCCGACGCCGUCGGUUGGCGUUCGUUACGCGCGCCGGCAGUUUUAAUCGCCACGCUCGCGAAUUCCAUCGCGACAUUUCUAGGCUUAGCGCUCGCCGCAGUCCUUCGUAGUUCGUAGUCCGUAGUCGCCGUAGUC